UUCUCUCCUUUUUCAUUGUCCACUCCCGAGGAACAGAGACUGGCCGCGUUUAUAGUGUCUCUGUGCCGCAGCUUCCUGAGAGCUGGCUUCUUCUACGCUCCAUGAUCACUGCUUUGCAUCCCACCUUUAGUCAAAAGUGCCUCCGCUCUUGUUAAUAUCAUUCCUUCUCUACUUACGUUCCGCUCCUCUGCUGUUUCCUCUAUGACCCCAAAACUAAUCACUAGUCUUACUAUGUUUAUUUUUCCUUCCCACAUUCCUUCCUCGGUAAAUGAGACUACAAACAGAUGAAGGAAGGAAGGAAGUCAACACAAAAUAAGAAAAUAAAAUUCAAUAAAGAGAAAGAGUGAAGGAAAUGCUUCAUUUCUGAAAUGCUGGAAAUGGUUGUUAAAGCCAACAAAACCCCUGUGGAAGAAGUAUCAGAACCAAAACCCAAAAAGAAAAAUGAAAAAUCAAAGUCCACACCUCCACCUGAAAAAAAGACCAAGGAAAAAGAAUCACCACGGCCAAAACGACCGCCGCCGCCGCCGCCGCCGCCGCCGCCAAAACUACCACCACCACAGCUGGCAGCCAAAACGAUCCAGGCCUGGUGGCGAGGCACCCUGGUGCGGCGCACGCUGCUGACGGCUGCCCUCAAUGCUUGGAUCAUUCAGUGCUGGUGGAGACAGACACUGGCCACAACACUCAAGUUGAAACGCAUGGAGGCUCUGUGUCGGAUGGCACGAGAAACAAGGGCCUGUGUCACUAUUCAGUCCUGGUUCCGAAUGCUGCAGGUCCGCCGGCGGUACCGCCGCUUGCGUUACGCCACCCACAUCAUCCAGGUGUCAUGGCGCUGGUACAACUGCCAUACCCGUGGCUAUUUUGAGGGCAGCUAUGAAAUCACAGGGGACAAACUAAGUCUGCGGCUUGACAUCUUUCUGGGAUCACAGGUUUGUCGUAUAUCAGACUGCAUAUCCUUGCCAAUAAAGAACUGAUCCAUCAGGUCUUCUAACAGA